UUACGUGAUCGCGUAGACACAUUAAUCAUUUUUCUCAUUUAUGUUUCUCUUUAAAAGUAAAAAAAAAACCAACAAAAAAAAAAGCGUAAGCAUGGAAAAUGAACAGGAUGAACUCAGACAUCGACAGCACAUGCAGGACCAGCAUCGUAACCAGCAUCACGGCGUACCGAUUGGAUAUUCUGAUGUCAUGCUACAGCUUGGCUCCCGAGAAGCCCAACGAUCACCAUAUGCCGUCUACUUUGAACAGCCACGUGAAUCGCUGCCGGACAGCUAUGUAGUUGUGCCCUCAUAUCUUCAAUCAACAUCGCAGCAUCCGCAAACAGCGACUACUACUGCUUCUGUUGGUGGAGCUGGUAGUAGUGGUGGUGGUGGUGGUGACGGUGCUGGUGCUGGUGCUAGUGGUGGUCCCAAUGGUGGUUAUGUACCCUUGUUUCAGUAUCAGCCGACGUCGAGGAGUGUUAAUCGCGAGUCCUAUGCGGAGCCAGCGAGCUCAACUGGCAACAAGUGCUGGAAAUGUAAUGUCAUUCGCGAUGUAUGCCAUUGCAGUCGGCUGGUAGAAAGCAAUAGCAGCUACGCGGCGCCCAUGGAGCAUGUGCAUUCCACUCAAUCGAAUGGCAAUGGCGCAGGUGAGCCAACGCAAUUCUUUGAACUCAGCUCAACAUCAACGGCGAGCGCCACAUCCACGUUGUCAGCGUCGGCGAAUAGUACCAGCAAUAGCCGUAGUGACAGCAGCCAAUUCAUUCCAAAUCACUCGCAACGUAAGACUGAAGUGGGUGUCCUGGCACAACAACAACYACAGCAUCAGCAGCAGCAGCAGCAUGAGUCACACACGCAACAUCAAGAGUAUGACAAUAGCACCAACAACAUCAACAUAAAUCCCAGCAACAGUGUGUCUCAUUUAGGUAGCAUCUGGUCCGCUGCCAUGGAUGACCAUGCUGUUGAUGAGCAAUUAAUGCAGCAGUCUAGAAAUAAUACAUCAUCGGCGGGCUAUGAGCUGCCCAGCAGUUCGCUCCUGAGCUCCCACAACAGCAGCAGCACAAACAGCUCCUUUGAGGCAAGCAGCAGCAACAGUAAUAAUAAUAUUAACUCUCAUCUGGUUAAUGGUAAUGCCACUGCUUUUGAUGAUGUCACAUCCAGUGCAUCGGAUACGGAGCACGUGCAGUUUGCCAAUACGCGGACCACCAACACAACCACAACAACGUCAGCGCUGCAAAAGAAAAAGCAUCAAUCGAGUCGAAAUCGAAGUGGAAAUGCAACAGCUGCGACCAGUGGUACAGUCAUUGAUGCAACAGCUUCCGCUGCGGCUUCCUCAUCGGUCAUUGAUCUGGAUGCUACACCCAGUACCAGUGCCCAAGCGCAACAGCAGCAACAGCACCAUCGUAGCCGUCAUGGCUAUCGGCAACGACGGUAUCCCAGCGAGCUGGAUCAUGCGGGCGACAACAGCAGCGACGAUGGCUGGGAUCUUCGCAUGCGUAAUGCAGCAACUGAAUCCACAGCUGGACGGCCGCAUAGUGCCCACAGCGAUUUGGAGGCCCGCCAUACGGAUCACACGUAUUUCAAUAGUCGUGGCUAUACAUUUAAUGGUCUACCGCCUCCACCACCGCCAUCAGAUAGCAGCUUUAUGCGCUCCAAUUCUGCAUCCUGCACUACAGCUACUCACACCACCUGCAGCGUAGACUAUGGUGGUCGGGACAUCUGUGGCGUUCAUCGUCUCACCAAUGAUAGGGGUGCCGACACACCCAUCGCAGAACAACAGCAGCAGCAACGAACAGCAGCUGUGCUUAAAUUUUGCUUUGGCUCGGGCGGGAUUGUGCGCACGCGUUCCCGUGUACGCUCAAUGGAUGAGUCUAUUCCGGUGGCCAGCAGCAGCGGUAGCAGCAGCAAUCACAGUCUAAAUCAGCCAUCCAGGAAGCUGUCACGUCUGGAAGCCCAAAAUGAGGGGCGACUGUCCUCCUCCUCCACCAUGUCCAAUCUGUCGCCGACGAACUUCUAUGCAUUUCAGCCAGGCCGUCAUCGGCAUCGCACUUAUGCGGAGUUGGCCCGAAGUAAUGAACAACAGGAGUCCCAGCAGUCUAUGGCGCAACCGCUGCAGCCGGGGAGUCAGCCAACAAGUGCCGGUUCCUGCGUAAUAACCUAUGUGGGUCGGCCGCGUGAUACAGAUAGCAGCCGAGCGGCGACCAGCACAAUGGAGCUGCCCAACCUGCCUUCCACUUCGACAGGCAGGCGACAACACUCUGGUUCACACACUAAUAUCAAAGAUAAUGCGGUGCUCACGGCGCCGGAUCUACAGCUAUUGGAUUGGUCUUCCGAUUCGAAUGACGAUGAUGACGAUGUGGUAUUUGUGCACUCCACACGUGAACCAAUACUCUCCAUCGAUUUGACAUCUGAUGAUGAUGGCUUUGGUGCCAGCAACGAAACGGCGAUGCAGCAGCAGUUGCAGCAAACACGGCAUCGUCAUCGACUGGAACAACAACAGCAGCAACACCAACAGCAACAGCAACAGCAGCAUCAGCUGCAACAUCAGCAACAGCAGCAACAACUACAUCGGCUUAUACGCGAUGAGCCACUCGCCAGUCGAACGGCGCCUAACAGCGAAAGCUUAAAUCCGCCUGCAGCUGGUUCCAAUACUGCCUCCGUGUCAGCAACCCUCCUACCGCGUCCAAAUUCGGCUAGCGAGUACGAAGAUCGACGACGCCAGCGCCCGGCGGCGGGCACAUCCUUUGCUUUUUAUACUGGCGCUUUAACGGAUCGCGUCGCCAUCACCGAUCACAACUAUAGCAGCUAUGAUCAUACGCCGGCCGCCAUGGGGCCAAUUAUCAGUUUGUUGCCCACACGAUGUCCUGGCCUUGAAGCUGAGGCAGCGGCGGCGCACUCGCAGCGCUAUUUCCAGCCCAUCACGCCGCCACCCAUGUGGCAUUUUGCGCCGUUGCCAGAGGGGCAACCCCCGCCACAGGCACUGCCGCCAACGCCCAGCGCUAAUGCGGGCUCCUACGUGCAACAUACGUCCGCGGGUCCGGUUAUUGCAACGCCAGUGGCGCCGACUCCCGAGGCGGUGCCCAGUGAACAUGGCAGUCCCGCCGCUUAUUACCAUCGCUAUCAGCCGUACUAUGUACCGCACUAUACAAUUACAACACUACCGGCCAGCCGGAGCAAUGGCGAUUACUCGCCGGGACCGGUGACCAAUCCACAUUAUCAGGGAGGUCUGGCCAAUUCCACGGGCAGCAGUCGGAGCUCAAUACGCGGCGCACUAAACGCUGCUGCUGUGGCAGCUACUGUGGCCGCAGCACAAGCGCAAUCCUUCCAUGAUCUGCUAUCUUUGGCAUCCCCAGUCACCAGCAUGGAGAACAGUAGCAUGGAGGAUAACUAUCAUCAUCGUAGCCAAAUGCUAAACCGUGCAACUACACCUGUUGCCACUGCCGUUGCCACAGCCGCAGGUCCACCGCCGGUGAUGUCCUCCAUAGUUACUGUAGCGGCAGCUGUGUCGCCGCCGCCACCGCUCGAGAUGUAUUCCGGGCGGCCAACAAUGCAGUAUUGCGGCUCGCCACCGUUUAGCCUACGGCGCUCAGAUGCGUACCAUAAUCAUCGCCAGCACUAUCAGCCGCAGCCGCAUCAAGGCCAUCAGGCUCCGCAGAACCAAAUGCAUGCACACAUACAUCCGCCACAUCGAGCUAGUGCGAUUGUGGCUACGUCAUUGACGCCGGCCCCACCGUAUCCGGUGCAUCAGAAUCUGUGGUAUCGACAGCAGAGCAUGCAGGAGCUGCACCGUCGUCACAUGACACCCACGCCCAUUGAUCUCUCUUCGAAUCCAUUGAAUCUGACGAGCAGUCUGCGCACUCGUUAUUUGCACAGCAUUUGCAAUUGUGUGCAUGCUCGCAAUGGACCCGUCUCCAGCCUUGAUCCUGCCUAUUAUCCGGCCUAUGACGCAGCUGUACAACAGCAGAGUUCCACGGCCACUGGGCCAAUCGAUGCCCAUCAGCCACCGCCGCCGCCGCCGCCACAGCUGGGAAUACAAUAUCAACAGCAGCAACAGCAACAACAGCAGCAGCAGCAACAGAUUCAGCAGCAACAACAGCAGCAACUGCAACAUCAGCAGCAGCGACGUCGAGCUGCAGUGCAUCAUCACAUGUUCCAUCAUUACUCACCGCUACACCUGGAAAUUGGGCUGGCCACGCCGCUCUCCUUGGGUUCCUCGCGCAUACUGAUUGGACCUCCCCGACCCAAUCGUGGCGCCACAUUGGAGAUUAUUGAGCGCAACACUUUGCCUCACAAAUAUCGUCGAGUGCGCCGGCCCAGCGAAUCGGAUGAAGAUGCGGAAAAGUGUGCGAUUUGCUUGUCGCUCUUCGAGAUUGAGAAUGAUGUGCGACGUUUGCCCUGCAUGCAUCUCUUUCACACUGACUGCGUGGAUCAAUGGCUCGUCACCAACAAGCACUGUCCAAUUUGCCGCGUUGACAUUGAAACGCAUAUGGCCAAGGAUGCACUGGUAGCCAGCUCCAGUGGCGUUGCAGCAGCUGCCGCGGCUGCUGCAGCUGGCACUGCCGCCUUAUGACAUUGUGUACAUGGUUUACUCAUGUAAGACAUUAAUAACGACAAAAACAGACACAACAUCGGCUCUAAAUCCGCUGCAGAAUGCAGUAAAAGGAUAUGAUUUUCGGACUGAGCCCGUCAUGUUAAACAUUCAUGUCAGGGCCGACAGCAAGGCGCAGCAGCAAAGCAACAACAACCAUAACCACUGAGAAACCAUGUUUUAAAAACAAGCCAAAAAAAAUAUAAUAAUAACAAUAAUAUUGCAUGCCGUGGAUACACUGGUGCAUCUGGAAACCCCAGUUAUGGGUGUUGUGUUGCAGCUGAUGACGCUGCCCCAUUUGAACGCAAUAUGGGGCGAUGCAUCUAAUCAACUCUAAAUUCCCUGAGUUCGUCAUGUUCGUUAUGCAUGGGUCAGGCCGGCAGCCGCCAAUAAAAAAAGUCUCGUCAAAUUGUUUUUAUUCACAAA